CGGGCGGAGCCGGGAGGCGGGGAAGCCGUGGCCGUGUGAGCGUGAGGAGCCGCCGCCACCGCCUCCUCGCUGUCCUCGUCCUCCUGGGCCCCAGCGUCGCGGGCCGCGCGCUGCCCUGGAAGAGACGUCGCCUCGCCUGCCUCCGCCUCCCCCUCGCCGCGCCGCUCCCGCCUCCUGCUCCUGCGUUGCGGGCUCCAGCGGAACCCGGAACGGCCGUCCGCCUCCCCCGCCCUCCGCCGCCCUCUCCGCGGCUUCCUCCUCAGCCCCGGGCCAGAUUGCAGUGUCGGCGGCGGCCGGUUCAGGCGGCGACUCGCGCUUCUUCGGGCGGCGGCGCUUGGCCAUGUCGUGUCGGGGAAGGUAAUGAGCCGCAGAGCCCCGGGGUCUCGGCUGAGCAGCGGCGGCGGCGGCACCAAGUACCCGCGGAGCUGGAAUGACUGGCAACCCAGAUUGACUUGAUGCAAAACACCACAAAGGCUCCAUAUUACACAGUAUGCGAUUUUUGAGAACUGAUAGUGCAUCAGCCGACCCAGAUACUUUAAAAUACUCCUCAUCUAGAGAUAGGGGUGUUUCUUCCUCUUAUGGACUGCAACCUUCAAAUUCAGCUGUGGUGUCUCGGCAAAGGCACGAUGAUACCAGAGGCCAUGCUGACAUACAGAAUGACGAAAAGGGUGGCUACAGUGUCAAUGGAGGAUCUGGGGAAAAUACUUAUGGUCGGAAGUCGUUGGGGCAAGAGCUGAGGAUUAACAAUGUGACCAGCCCUGAGUUUACCAGUGUUCAGCAUGGCAGUCGUGCGUUAGCCACCAAAGACAUGAGGAAAUCACAGGUAUACCUAGGUGGCUACAAAACAUUUAUAUUCACAGAGCGAUCGAUGUCGUACUCUGAUGAGUCUCGACUGUCGAAUCUUCUUCGGAGGAUCACCCGGGAAGAUGACAGAGACCGAAGACUGGCUACUGUAAAGCAGCUGAAGGAGUUCAUUCAGCAGCCAGAAAAUAAACUGGUACUAGUUAAACAGUUGGAUAACAUCCUGGCUGCUGUGCAUGAUGUGCUCAAUGAAAGUAGUAAGUUGCUUCAGGAGUUGAGGCAAGAGGGAGCUUGCUGUCUUGGCCUUCUCUGUGCUUCUCUGAGCUACGAGGCUGAGAAGAUCUUCAAGUGGAUUUUUAGCAAGUUUAGCUCAUCUGCGAAAGACGAGGUGAAGCUCCUCUACCUGUGUGCUACUUACAGAGCGCUGGAGACUGUUGGGGAGAAGAAAGCCUUUUCUUCUGUGAUGCAGCUUGUGAUGACCAGCCUACAAUCCAUUCUUGAAAAUGUGGAUACACCAGAAUUACUUUGCAAAUGUGUUAAGUGCAUUCUUUUGGUGGCUCGAUGCUACCCUCAUAUUUUCAGCACUAAUUUUAGGGAUACAGUUGAUAUAUUAGUUGGAUGGCACAUAGAUCAUACUCAGAAACCCUCCCUCACACAGCAGGUGUCUGGGUGGUUGCAGAGUUUGGAGCCAUUUUGGGUAGCUGACCUUGCAUUUUCUACCACUCUUCUUGGUCAAUUUUUAGAAGACAUGGAGGCAUAUGCUGAGGACCUCAGCCAUGUGGCCUCUGGGGAGUCAGUGGAUGAAGAUGUUCCUCCUCCAUCAGUGUCAUUACCAAAGCUGGCAGCACUUCUCCGUGUGUUCAGUACUGUGGUGAGGAGCAUUGGGGAACGCUUUAGCCCAAUUCGGGGUCCACCAAUUACUGAGGCAUAUGUAACAGAUGUUCUAUACAGAGUAAUGAGAUGCGUGACGGCUGCAAACCAAGUGUUUUUUUCUGAGGCUGUGUUGACAGCUGCUAAUGAGUGUGUUGGUGUUUUGCUCGGCAGCUUGGAUCCUAGCAUGACUAUACAUUGUGACAUGGUCAUUACAUAUGGAUUAGACCAACUGGAGAAUUGCCAGACUUGUGGUACCGAUUAUAUCAUCUCAGUCUUGAAUUUGCUCACAUUGAUUGUUGAGCAGAUAAAUACAAAACUCCCAUCAUCAUUUGUAGAAAAGCUUUUUAUACCAUCAUCUAAACUACUAUUUCUACGAUACCACAAAGAAAAAGAGGUUGUUGCUGUAGCUCAUGCUGUUUAUCAAGCAGUGCUCAGCUUGAAGAAUAUUCCUGUUUUGGAGACUGCUUAUAAAUUAAUUUUGGGAGAAAUGACUUGUGCACUAAACAAUCUGCUACACAGUCUCCAGCUUCCUGAUGCCUGUUCUGAGAUUAAACAUGAGGCUUUUCAGAAUCAUGUGUUCAACAUUGACAAUGCCAACUUUGUAGUUAUAUUUGAUCUUAGUGCCCUGACUACAAUUGGAAAUGCCAAAAACUCAUUAAUUGGGAUGUGGGCACUGUCUCCAACUGUAUUUGCACUGCUGAGUAAGAAUCUUAUGAUUGUGCAUAGUGACCUGGCUGUUCACUUCCCUGCCAUUCAGUAUGCGGUGCUCUACACCCUGUAUUCCCAUUGUACCAGGCAUGAUCACUUCAUAUCCAGUAGUCUUAGCUCUUCAUCCCCUUCCUUAUUUGAUGGUGCGGUGAUUAGUACUGUAACUACAGCCACGAAGAAACAUUUCUCAAUUAUAUUAAAUCUUUUGGGAAUAUUGCUUAAGAAAGAUAAUCUUAACCAGGACACAAGGAAACUGUUAAUGACAUGGGCUUUGGAAGUGGCUGUAUUAAUGAAGAAGUCUGAAACAUAUGCACCUUUAUUCUCCCUUCCAUCUUUUCAUAAAUUUUCCAAAGGCCUUUUAGCCAACACUCUUGUUGAAGAUGUGAAUAUCUGCUUGCAAGCAUGUAGCAGUCUCCAUGCUUUGUCCUCUUCCUUGCCAGAUGAUCUGCUACAGAGGUGUGUUGAUGUCUGCCGUGUUCAGCUUGUCCAUAGUGGAACUCGUAUUCGACAGGCCUUUGGAAAGCUGUUGAAGUCAAUUCCUUUAGAUGUUGUACUAAGCAAUAACAAUCACACAGAGAUUCAGGAGAUUUCUCUAGCAUUGAGAAGUCACAUGAGUAAAGCACCAAGUAACACGUUCCACCCUCAGGACUUUUCUGAUGUCAUCAGUUUCAUUUUGUAUGGAAACUCUCACCGAACAGGGAAGGACAAUUGGUUAGAAAGAUUGUUCUAUAGCUGCCAGAGGCUGGAUAAGCGUGACCAAUCCACAAUUCCCCGCAAUCUUCUAAAGACAGAUGCUGUCCUUUGGCAGUGGGCUAUUUGGGAAGCUGCACAGUUUACUGUUCUUUCAAAGUUGCGAACGCCACUGGGCAGAGCUCAGGACACGUUCCAGACAAUUGAAGGUAUCAUUAGAAGUCUUGCAGCCCACACGCUAAACCCUGAUCAGGAUGUUAGUCAGUGGACCACUGCAGAUAAUGAUGAAGGCCAUGGGAGUAAUCAGCUUAGACUUGUUCUUCUGCUUCAGUAUCUGGAGAACCUGGAGAAAUUAAUGUAUAAUGCCUAUGAGGGAUGUGCCAAUGCAUUAACGUCACCUCCCAAGGUCAUUAGGACUUUUUUCUAUACCAAUCGACAGACUUGCCAAGAUUGGCUCACUCGUAUCCGCCUCUCCAUCAUGAGGGUUGGAUUGUUGGCAGGUCAGCCUGCAGUGACCGUGAGGCAUGGCUUUGACUUACUUACUGAAAUGAAAACAAAUAGUCUAUCUCAGGGGAAUGAAUUGGAAGUAACUAUCAUGAUGGUGGUAGAAGCAUUGUGUGAGCUCCAUUGUCCUGAAGCUAUACAGGGAAUUGCUGUCUGGUCAUCUUCAGCUGUUGGUAAAAACCUUCUCUGGAUUAACUCAGUGGCCCAGCAGGCUGAAGGGAGGUUUGAAAAGGCCUCUGUGGAGUACCAGGAGCACCUGUGUGCCAUGACAGGAGUUGAUUGCUGCAUCUCCAGCUUUGACAAGUCUGUUCUCACAUUGGCCAAUGCUGGACGUAACAGUGCCAGCCCCAAACACUCUCUAAAUGGUGAAUCCAGAAAAACUGUGCUGUCCAAAUCAAUUGAGUCUUCCCCUGAAGUUAUCAACUACCUAGGAAACAAGGCAUGUGAGUGCUACAUCUCUAUUGCUGACUGGGCUGCUGUGCAGGAGUGGCAGAACGCAGUCCAUGACCUGAAGAAGAGCGCCAGCAGCACUUCACUCAAUCUGAAAGCCGAUUUCAACUAUAUCAAGUCACUAAGCAGCUUCGAGUCUGGAGAGUUUGUUGAAUGCACUGAGCAGUUGGAAUUAUUACCGGGAGAAAAUAUUAAUCUGCUUGCUGGAGGCUCAAAAGAAAAAAUAGAUAUGAAAAAGCUGCUUCCUAACAUGCUAAGCCCAGACCCACGGGAGCUACAGAAGUCCAUUGAAGUCCAACUGUUGAGAAGCUCGGUCUUCCUGGCAACUGCUCUAAACCAUGUGGAGCAAGAUCAGAAAUGGCAGUCCUUAACUGAAAAUGUGGUAAAGUACUUGAAGCAAACCUCACGCAUUGCUAUUGGACCACUAAGACUGUCUACACUAACGGUGUCACAGUCCUUGCCAGUACUGAGUACUUUGCAGCUGUACUGCUCAUCUGCACUCGAGAACACAGUUUCUAAUAGACUUUCAACAGAGGACUGUCUUAUCCCACUCUUUAGUGAUGCUCUUCGCUCAUGUAAACAGCAUGAUGUGCGGCCAUGGAUGCAGGCAUUGAGAUAUACCAUGUACCAGAAUCAACUAUUAGAGAAAAUUAAAGAACAAACAGUGCCAAUUAGAAGCCAUCUCAUGGAAUUAGGUUUGACAGCAGCAAAAUUUGCUAGAAAACGGGGUAAUGUGUCACUGGCAACAAGACUGCUGGCACAGUGCAGUGAGGUUCAGCUGGGAAAGACAACCACUGCCCAGGACUUAGUCCACCAUUUUAAGAAAUUGUCCACUCAAGGUCAAGUGGAUGAAAAAUGGGGGCCUGAGCUUGAUAUUGAAAAAACAAAAUUGUUAUAUACAGCAGGACAGUCAACACAUGCAAUGGAAAUGCUGAGUUCUUGUGCUAUAUCUUUUUGCAAGUCUGCGAAAGCUGAAUAUGCUGUGGCUAAGUCAAUUCUGACCCUGGCUAAAUGGGUCCAGGCAGAAUGGAAAGAGAUUUCUGGACAGCUGAGACAGGUGUACAGAGCUCAGCAGCAGCAGAACCUUUCGGGCCUUUCUACUUUAUCUAGGAACAUACUUGCUCUAAUAGAGCUCCCAUCUGCUAACACAGUUGGAGACGAGCACCCUCGGAUUGAGAGUGAGUCUACAGUGCAUAUUGGAGUUGGAGAACCUGACUUCAUUUUGGGACAGUUAUAUCACCUGUCUUCAGUGCAGGCACCUGAAGUAGCCAAAUCUUGGGCAGCAUUGGCUAGUUGGGCUUAUAGGUGGGGCAGAAAGGUGGUUGACAAUGCCAGUCAGGGAGAAGGUGUUCGUCUGUUGCCUAGAGAAAAAUCUGAAGUUCAAAAUCUGCUUCCAGAUACUAUAACUGAAGAAGAGAAAGAGAGAAUAUUUGGUAUUCUUGGACAAGCAGUAUGUCGGCCAGCAGGAAUUCAGGAUGAAGAUAUAACACUUCAGAUAACAGAGAGUGAAGAUAAUGAGGAUGACGACAUGGUUGAUGUUAUCUGGCGUCAGUUAAUAUCAAGCUGCCCUUGGCUUUCUGAACUCGAUGAAAAUGCAACUGAAGGUGUUAUUAAAGUGUGGAGGAAAGUUGUAGACAGAAUCUUCAGCCUGUACAAAUUGUCUUGUAGUGCAUAUUUUACUUUCCUUAAGCUAAAUGCUGGUCAGGUUCUGUUAGACGAGGAUGACCCCAGGCUCCAUUUAAGUCACAGAGCAGAGCAGAGCACUGAUGAUGUGAUUGUGAUGGCUACCCUGCGACUGCUCAGAUUGCUAGUGAAGCAUGCUGGUGAGCUCCGACAGUAUCUGGAACAUGGCUUGGAGACAACCCCUACUGCACCGUGGAGAGGCAUUAUUCCACAGCUUUUCUCACGCUUAAACCACCCUGAAGUGUAUGUACGCCAGAGUAUUUGUAAUCUACUUUGCCGUGUGGCCCAAGAUUCCCCACACCUCAUAUUGUAUCCUGCAAUAGUAGGAACCAUAUCACUUAGCAGUGAAUCCCAGGCUUCAGGAAAUAAGUAUUCCUCUGCAAUCCCAACUUUACUUGGAAAUAUUCAAGGAGAAGAACUGCUGGUUUCUGAAUGUGAAGGAGGAAGUCCUCCUGCUUCUCAGGAGAGCAACAAAGAUGAACCUAAAAGUGGUUUAAAUGAAGACCAGGCCAUGAUGCAGGAUUGCUACAGCAAAAUUGUAGAUAAACUGUCCUCUGCCAACCCAACGAUGGUUUUACAGGUCCAGAUGCUUGUGGCAGAGCUACGUAGGGUCACUGUACUCUGGGAUGAGCUCUGGCUGGGAGUUUUGUUACAGCAGCAUAUGUAUGUCCUGAGACGAAUUCAGCAGCUGGAGGAUGAGGUGAAGAGAGUCCAGAACAACAACACCUUGCGCAAAGAAGAGAAAAUUGCCAUCAUGCGAGAGAAGCACACAGCACUGAUGAAGCCCAUUGUGUUUGCUUUGGAGCAUGUGCGGAGCAUCACUGCUGCCCCUGCAGAGACACCUCAUGAAAAGUGGUUUCAGGAUAACUAUGGUGAUGCCAUUGACAAUGCCCUUGAAAAACUAAAGACACCAUCAAACCCUGCCAAGCCUGGAAGCAGUUGGAUUCCUUUUAAAGAGAUAAUGCUGAGUUUGCAACAAAGAGCACAGAAACGAGCAAGCUACAUCUUACGACUUGAGGAGAUCAGUCCUUGGUUGGCUGCCAUGACUAACACUGAAAUUGCACUUCCUGGAGAAGUCUCAGCCAGAGAUACUGUGACAAUUCACAGUGUGGGUGGAACUAUCACCAUCUUACCAACCAAAACCAAGCCCAAGAAACUCCUCUUUCUUGGAUCAGACGGGAAGAGCUAUCCUUAUCUUUUCAAAGGGCUAGAAGAUUUGCAUCUGGAUGAGAGAAUCAUGCAGUUUUUAUCUAUUGUGAAUACUAUGUUCGCUACAAUUAAUAGGCAGGAAACACCCCGUUUCCAUGCACGGCACUAUUCUGUAACACCACUGGGAACGAGAUCAGGACUGAUCCAGUGGGUGGAUGGAGCCACACCAUUGUUUGGUCUUUACAAACGAUGGCAACAACGGGAAGCUGCCUUACAAGCACAAAAGGCUCAAGAUUCCUAUCAAACUCCUCAAAAUCCCAGCAUUGUGCCACGUCCUAGUGAACUUUACUAUAGUAAAAUUGGUCCUGCUUUGAAAACAGUUGGCCUUAGCCUGGAUGUGUCAAGGAGGGAUUGGCCCCUCCAUGUGAUGAAGGCAGUGUUGGAGGAGUUAAUGGAGGCCACACCCCCAAACCUCCUGGCCAAAGAACUCUGGUCAUCUUGUACUACUCCUGAUGAGUGGUGGAGAGUCACACAGUCCUAUGCAAGAUCCACUGCUGUCAUGUCUAUGGUUGGCUACAUAAUUGGCCUUGGAGACAGACAUCUGGAUAACGUCCUCAUAGAUAUGACAACUGGAGAAGUAGUUCACAUAGAUUACAAUGUUUGCUUUGAAAAAGGUAAAAGCCUUAGAGUUCCUGAGAAAGUGCCUUUUCGAAUGACACAAAACAUUGAAACAGCACUGGGUGUAACUGGAGUAGAAGGUGUUUUUAGGCUUUCCUGUGAGCAGGUUCUCCACAUCAUGCGGCGAGGCCGAGAGACUCUGCUGACACUCUUGGAGGCUUUUGUGUAUGACCCACUGGUGGAUUGGACAGCUGGUGGUGAGGCUGGGUUUGCAGGUGCUGUCUAUGGUGGAGGUGGCCAGCAGGCGGAGAGCAAGCAGAGUAAGCGAGAGAUGGAACGUGAGAUUACCCGCAGCCUCUUUUCUUCCAGAGUUGCUGAGAUAAAGGUGAACUGGUUUAAGAACCGGGAUGAGAUGCUAAUUGUGCUUCCCAAGCUGGACAGCAGCUUAGAUGAAUACCUAAGCCUGCAGGAGCAGCUGACAGAUGUUGAAAAACUGCAGGGCAAACUGCUGGAAGAAAUAGAAUUUCUAGAAGGAGCUGAAGGAGUGGACCAUCCAUCUCGCACUCUGCAACACAGGUAUUCUGAGCAUACUCAACUACAGACCCAGCAAAGAGCUGUCCAGGAAGCAAUCCAAGUGAAGCUGAAUGAGUUUGAACAGUGGAUAACACAUUAUCAGGCUGCAUUCAAUAACUUAGAAGCAACACAGCUUGCAAGUUUGCUUCAAGAGAUAAGCACACAAAUGGACCUUGGUCCCCCAAGCUAUGUACCAGCAACAGCCUUCCUACAGAAUGCUGGCCAAGCACAUCUCAUCAGCCAGUGUGAGCAGCUCGAGGGGGAAGUCGGAGCUCUACUGCAGCAGAGGCGCUCUGUGCUCCGCGGCUGUCUGGAACAGCUGCAUCACUAUGCAACUGUUGCUCUGCAGUAUCCAAAAGCCAUAUUCCAGAAACAUCGAAUUGAACAGUGGAAGGCCUGGAUGGAAGAGCUCAUCUGUAACACCACAGUAGAGCGCUGCCAAGAACUCUAUAGGAACUAUGAAAUGCAGUAUGCUCCUCAGCCACCUCCAACAGUGUGUCAGUUCAUUACCGCCACCGAAAUGACCCUUCAGCGGUACGCAGCAGAUAUAAACAGCAGACUUAUUAGACAAGUGGAACGCUUGAAACAAGAAGCUGUCACUGUGCCAGUUUGUGAAGAUCAGUUGAAGGAAAUUGAGCGCUGCAUUAAAGUUUUUCUUCAUGAGAAUGGAGAAGAAGGAUCUCUGAGUUUAGCAAGUGUCAUUAUUUCUGCCCUCUGUACCCUUACGAGGCGUAACCUUAUGAUGGAAGGUGCAGCUUCAAGUGCUGGAGAGCAGCUGGUUGAUCUGACAUCCAGAGAUGGAGCCUGGUUUCUAGAGGAACUGUGUAGUAUGAGUGGAAAUGUCACCUGCUUGGUGCAGUUACUGAAGCAGUGCCAUCUGGUACCACAGGACUUAGAUAUUCCCAACCCAGUGGAAGCAUCUGAGGCUGUUCAUUUAGCCAAUGGAGUAUAUACAUCUCUGCAGGAAUUAAAUUCAAAUUUCCGGCAAAUCAUAUUCCCAGAAGCACUUAGAUGUUUAAUGAAGGGGGAAUGCACCUUAGAAAGUAUGCUCCAUGAACUAGACAGUCUCAUCGAGCAGACUACUGAUGGAGUUCCUUUGCAGACUCUCGUUGAGUCGCUUCAAGCCUACUUACGAAACACAGCCAUGGGACUUGAAGAAGAAACUCAUGCUCAUUAUAUUGAUGUUGCCAGAAUGCUACAUGCUCAGUAUGGUGAAUUAAUCCAACCAAGAAAUGGUUCAGUUGAUGAAACACCAAAAAUGUCUGCUGGCCAGAUGCUUUUGGUAGCAUUUGAUGGCAUGUUUGCCCAAGUUGAAACUGCUUUUGGCUUAUUAGUUGAGAAGUUAAACAAGAUGGAAAUUCCUGUUGCUUGGAGGAAGAUCGACAUUAUUCGGGAAGCCAGAAGUACCCAGGUCAAUUUUUUUGAUGACGACAAUCACCGACAGGUGCUAGAAGAGAUUUUCUUUUUAAAAAGACUACAGACAAUUAAGGAAUUCUUCAGGCUCUGUGGUACCUUUUCUAAAACAUUGUCAGGAUCAAGUUCACUUGAAGAUCAGAAUACUGUGAAUGGACCUGUUCAGAUUGUCAAUGUGAAAACCCUUUUUAGAAAUUCUUGCUUUAGUGAAGACCAAAUGGCCAAGCCUAUCAAGGCCUUUACAGCUGACUUUGUAAGACAGCUCUUGAUAGGACUCCCAAACCAAGCCCUUGGACUCACAUUGUGUAGCUUUAUCAGUGCCCUGGGUGUAGACAUCAUUGCUCAGGUAGAAGCAAAGGACUUUGGUGCUGAAAGCAAAGUUUCUGUAGAUGAUUUGUGUAAGAAAGCUGUGGAGCACAACAUCCAGGUAGGGAAAUUCUCACAGUUGGUAAUGAACAGAGCUACCGUAUUAGCCAGCUCCUAUGAUACAGCCUGGAAGAAGCAUGACCUUGUGCGCAGGCUGGAAACCAGCAUUUCUUCCUGCAAGACAAGCCUGCAGCGGGUGCAACUGCACAUUGCCAUGUUCCAGUGGCAGCAUGAAGACCUCCUUAUCAACAGACCACAAGCCAUGUCAGUCACCCCACCUCGCUCUGCAAUCCUGACCAGCAUGAAAAAGAAACUGCAUGCUCUCAGUCAGAUUGAGACUUCAAUAGGGACUGUUCAGGAGAAACUAGCAGCCCUCGAAGCAAGCAUUGAGCAGCGGCUGAAGUGGGCAGGUGGUGCCAAUCCUGCCCUGGCACCAGUUCUGCAAGAUUUUGAAGCAACAAUAGCUGAAAGAAGAAAUCUUGUUCUCAAAGAGAGCCAGAGAGCAAACCAGGUCACUUUUCUCUGCAGCAAUAUCAUUCACUUUGAAAGUCUACGAACAAGAACUGCCGAAGCCUUAAGCCUGGAUGCUGCCUUAUUUGAACUAAUAAAACGGUGUCAGCAGAUGUGUUCAUUUGCGUCACAGUUCAACAGUUCAGUUUCCGAGUUAGAGCUUCGUUUAUUACAGAGAGUGGACUCGACUCUUGAACAUCCUAUUGGCAGUUCUGAGUGGCUUCUAUCAGCACAUAAACAGUUGACCCAGGAUAUGUCCACCCAAAGGGCUGUUCAGACAGAGAAGGAGCAGCAAAUAGAGACUGUCUGUGAGACCAUCCAGAGCCUAGUAGACAGCGUAAAGACUGUGCUCACCGGUCACAACCGGCAGCUUGGAGAUGUGAAGCAUCUCUUGAAAGCCAUGGCUAAGGACGAAGAGGCUGCUCUAGCAGAUGCUGAAGAUAUUCCGUAUGAGAGCAGUGUCAGGCAAUUCCUGGCUGAAUAUAAAUCAUGGCAAGACAACAUUCAGACGGUUUUGUUCACACUAGUCCAGGCCAUGGGUCAGGUUCGAAGUCAAGAACAUGUUGAAAUGCUACAGGAAAUCACUCCCACCUUGAAAGAACUGAAGACACAAAGCCAGAGUAUCUAUAAUAAUUUAGUGAGUUUUGCAUCACCCUUAGUCACCGAUGCAGCAAAUGAAUGUUCAAGUCCAACAUCAUCUGCAACUUACCAGCCGUCCUUUGCUGCAGCGGUUAGGAGUAACACUGGCCAGAAGACUCAGCCUGAUGUCAUGUCUCAGAAUGCUAAAAAGCUGAUUCAGAAAAAUCUGGCUACAUCAGCAGAUACUCCACCAAGCACCAUCCCAGGAACUGGCAAGAACAUCGCCUGUAGUCCUAAAAAGGCUGUCAGAGACCCUAAAACUGGGAAAGCUGUGCAAGAGAGAAACUCCUAUGCAGUGAGUGUGUGGAAGAGAGUGAAAGCCAAGCUAGAGGGCCGAGAUGUUGAUCCAAACAGGAGGAUGUCAGUUGCUGAGCAGGUUGACUAUGUCAUAAAGGAAGCAACUAAUCUAGAUAACUUGGCUCAGCUGUAUGAAGGUUGGACAGCCUGGGUGUGAAUGGCAAGACAGUAGAUGAGUCUGGUUAAGCGAGGUCAGACAUCCACCAGAAUCAACUCAGCCUCAGGCAUCCAAAGCCACAUCACAGUCAGUGGUGAUGCAACUGGGGGCUUACUCUGAGGAAACCUAGGAAAUCUCGGUGUACUAGGAAGUGAAUCCUGCAGGACAGCUGCACUCAGGGAUACGCCCAACACCAUGGCCAGGGUCAAAGGUGAAGAAAGCAAGCUCACUGCCUGCACACGGAGAUUGUCUUUCUGCCACAGAACAGCUGCAAACGUGUCAGGAGGUUAGCUGAGAAAGAAAUCGGGCUGCUGCGGAGCACAGAGUGACUUGGAACUCCAUUCCACCUGACCCUGUGUGUACAACCCAGGAAAACAAACCCCGCUCAGAAACAAGAGAAAAUGGGGCCGCGAAGAACUCACAGCCACGGAAGAGUUGUUGCAUUCAGAUUCUUGAGAAACAUUUGUUGCUUGGCAACAGUACUGGUUGGGUUGACCAGUUAAGUAUCAAAAGGCUAUGCUGUAUGAGUUUCAGAAAUGGACUGAAAAAAUGGAGAGCAGUGUAAUAGACACACACUACAUCGGAAGAACUGACUUCUGAAAUGAAGAGAAAAGCACCUAUGGAUCCCACUCCUUCCCAUCGCUUCCCUGUUCCCCGGCUCCCCAUUGACCCGCCCUGGUAGAUUAGCCAGCUGUCAGACUCACUUUUAUUUCAAUCCUUACACUUCAUAAACUUUUGUCUCCACGGUGUUACCAUAUUUGGAGACAGAAACAGGAGCUUCUCCAAAUCCAGUGAAAACAUGGAAAAUUCAAGGAUUGUUUAAAGGUCUGUGAUCAUCACAUACAAGAUGUAACUCUGGUUAUUUCAGUCAUAUCUGUGACUCUAUCAUGUACAGUUUCCUGAAUUGUCACUGUGCAUCCAAACUUAAUGAGUCUAACAGACACUGAUUUCACGUGCACUCCCCUCUGCUUACAAUGUGCAUUUUUUGGAGGUCAUUCAAAUUUUCCCUCUUCUGUGAUUGCUGUAGUUUCUUUCAUAGAAAGUAGCUGAUCUGAUGUAAUCUUUUACCUUUUAAACAACCAGGAUAGAGAACCUAUUGGAGUUUGCAUUGUUGAUGACAGGUUCACAAUAAAGUGACGUUCUGGUGGAGGUAGAGUGAAAUGUUUUUUAAUUCAGUUUUCUCAUUUGAUACUUUUAAUUUACAAAGGGUAAUUUUCUUUAAUAUUUUAAAGUGUAAAUUAAAAAUGCUUUAGUUUACCUGGCAUUUGGGGUAUAUGCAGUAAUGCCUACCAGUAGCACCUUUAAGUUCAGCUGGUGGCUUCUGAUGGGUUCUGUUUACCUUUUGCAACAUUUUAUAGCUUGCUGUUGAGUGACUAGUGUAUAGUGAGUCACGAUCAAGCAUCCUUCAGCUUAGCAUUUUCAGUACUCACUGCUGAUCCUUGAUAGAAGUGCAGACUAGAAUAGAGCUAAAAAUCACGUAUCAACACAGAAUAGCACAUGGCAUUUUGAGUCUUUUCCCUGCGUUUUAGCAACUAGUGUGGUGGCCAUUUAAUUUGUCAGCCUCUACAACCCUGAAAGGACCAGGUGUCUCUAGGCUCUUCUCUGACUGCGACAUGAGUGGAAUUCUAAUCCUCACAGGAUGGAUACCAAUGCCAGCACUUUAAUUAUGAGUUUUGGAAGGUGCUGUUUUGUCCGCUGACAAGUUAAAGAAUCUAGCACAUUGCAUUUGGUUUUAUUUGUUGAUUUUGAGCCUUGUCACAAAAUAGCCUAGCUGGAAUAUUGAUGCCAUACUGUAUUUUGCAUGUUAUUUUCUUCCCUAGAGGCAUUGAGGGCAACUGUACUUUUGCUCCCUCAAGAUGUGUCAUUUUGAGACAUUCUUCAUGCUAGGGAGAGCUUUUGUUGUAAGGAGAAAACCAGUUCAGACUUUUGUCCCUGUAGGUGGUGGUAGUGGUCAGAAAUGGCUUCUGCUUUGGUAAUAGGUGAAUUUUAUUCCCCAAGAGUCUCAGGCAUCAGAAGUACUUGGCUUCUUAAUCCAAGCAAAAAUAAGACAGCUUAAAAAACAACCAAAAAAAAAUGUGCCUCUGGUGAAUUAUUCAUCCUUUUUAUUUUAAACUGGUCUUUGAGAGAAGAAUAGUGAAUGGUUAUAGGGCAGAUAAGAGCAACCAAGGACUUCAAAGCUUGUUGAUCACUGCACUCUGGAUAAAACCCUCAUUUUUAUGGUUUGGCUUCCUGUUCAAAUAGCCUUUCCAGGUUUAAGGAGCCCCAAGUGAAAAAAAACAAAACAAAACAAAAACAAACCAACAGGGCCACUGGGGGAAAUGUUUUAUGAAAUCAUGUAAGAGUGCUGUAGUUUUGAAGUCAUCCUUUGAUGACAAAAUACCUGUGGAAAACCAGGGACAUUUUUUCUCUUUUCCCCCCAACUUCUCCCUUCCCCUCUCCUUCCUAAUUCUGUCUUCCUUCUCUCCACUCUUUUAACAUUUAGAGGGUACAGAACAACCUCUUCUAUUUCAGAGUACCCUUGAGAAUUGAAGUGGAUUGCGAUUAGUUAUCUUUAAUUAGCUAGAGCCAGUUGAUAUCUCUCAAGCUGAAGCCUAGUACCUAUGGAGCUGUUUCUUUACCAGUGUGUCUUGUUUCUGUUUAUGGUCAUGAGCUGAUCACGCAGUUUGCUAGAUGAUUUGACACUGGUGGUGAGUUUUUUGAGGUGUGAGAUUUCUAUGUGAAGCUGAUAGAUUUUGAUCUACUUUCUUAGAUCACUGAUUCAGAGCUCAUCCCAGCUUCAGGGUAAGGAUUUGUAAUACAAAGGAAAAACUCCUUUCACUUUGCCCUUAACACUUGCCUCUGUUAUAUCUAAGCUUCAUUAGUAGAUUUCUUAAUAUCAUCCAAUGUUUGGUGUUAUCUACAUUUUUUUAAAAAUUGUGGUUGUUCUGAUGUGUGAAAUUUCAGGAAAGAGCCAUUUAAUAAAUGCCAAGCAGGGCAAUGCAGCCAAAUAUUAGAGUUGAUGUGCAGUCUUAGGUCCUUUUUAAUCUGGGGUAGUACAGGCAGUACUUUAAAUCAGAGUCUUCCUGGCCUAUUUUCCUCCACCCUUUUGUAGUUACUUGGGGGCUUACUUGUGCAGUACUAAAUCAAAGGAGCUGGUUCUUCUUUUCUCCCAAUCUUUUCUUAGUAAUGAACACACCUACAACUAGCCUGCUACUCCUAUACACAGCAGAUGUCAGUGCUGUGCUGCUAAUGUUAGCUGGAUUUCCUGCAGUGCAGGGAUGGAACCUUGCAUAUGCUAGGCAAGCUCUCUAACCCUGAACUACAUACAUCCUAGCCCUUAGAACUAGCACCCUGAAUCAUCUUUGUUUCCUGUGUUCAGAUGCAGGCAAAGACCAACAUUUUUAUAUGGUUGAAUUUAUAAAAUGUUAGUAAUUUAGAACCCUCCCCCCCAAAUCAAGGAGGCAAAAAUUAACGCACUAGUCACUGAAGACUUCCUCUUCAGUUACCUGGAUAAGAAGGAUAGAUCCUCCUAACACGUACUGGUGAGCAUCACAACGCUUUGCAGAGAUUCAAGAGGAGGUUGUCACUGUACUUUGCCUGCUCUUGGGCCUAGAUAAUGUCACUGUAUAUUUACAGAAAGCAAACGGCUUGGAUUUGAAAAGGCAACCAUGUAGGGAGAACUUGAGAAUUGGGGCUCACUGGGAAGUUCUAGUGCUAAUGUUAACUCAAAUUAGCUGGAUAUUUGAAGAUGGUAAAGAAUUGGAUAUAGUUCUGAAACAAAUUUUAUUUUUCCAAAACAGGCUGAUUAGCAGUGGUUGUUUUCCCUUUUUCUGACAGCGUGGUUCAGCUCCUGUUUCAGAUUUCUGUUAUUUUUCCAAUUUCAAAGUCCUUAAGUUUCCACCUGGAAUGUCAGGUGGUAGUAACAUCACAUUUCGUGUUUUUGUUUAGUUUUUUUUUUUUUUAAACACUUUUAAGAGUAAGUUUAGUUGAACUGAAUCUUCUUGUCUUAGUAACAUUGUACAAAUAGUGGCUUUUUUUUAAGUUGUAAUGCCUCCUGAUGGAUAUAAUUUUGUGCUUGUAUUUAAGAUUAAAAGUUGAAUAAAUAACACCAGCUUCCUGAAAAUGUCCAUAAUGCAUCUUUGAAAAACAAAAACACCUGCCUACUUUACAUUAACAUGGUAAAGAUUGUAUGAAAUACCCGUUUUUCAACAAAUAAAGGUUCAAGUCUUAAAAGAGAA